AUGGACGGUUCCUCCUUAUUCUCCUUUAAAGUGAACGAAUACCGCACGGCAAGAGUUGCAGAGAUCCUGGACGAUUUCCGAACCCUUCAAUAUUACAUUGCUGCAGCACCGACAUCACCGAUCAACUCCGAAGACCACUACACUGAAGGUUGGGCAGCGCUCAGGCAGUGCGCCAUCGACGGUCAGCACAUCCUCGAAUGCGCCGCAGACACGAGCGUCCCCAAUGCCUCCGGCGGCGAGGAGGAGCAAAGGAGAGCCGAACUCAAGCAGUACGCUAUUUCCCACCCGCACUUGGCUAUUUUUUCCUUCCGCAGGACAGCGAAAAUCCGGGUUUACCUCGAUGCUUAUGCUAGGCGCCACGAGGGGCAGAAGAUCUACCUCCGGCAGGCGGCAGCGCAGAGAUGGAUAGAACGACGAGACUACAUUCUGCAGGGAGGACGACCAGGGUCCAAAAACCGCAAACACCUCCAGGCUUGCGAUAACCAGUUCCGACAAGAACUUGCGAGCAUCACAGACGAAGCUGUUUACUCGGACUUGCAGGCUUCUGACAUGGGCCUCGGUCGCUGGACGGCAGAGGACCCAAGCUUGAGAGCUGUCCUGCGCUGGCUGCGCGCCCGACGAUAA